AUGGCGGUAAAUUUCCAACUCAAAGUUGCUGGAUUUGUUUCCUUGGUUAUAAUUGGAAUUCCUGCCAAUUUUUUACUUUUUCUGAGAUUUGUGCACAUUGGGUAUUUAGAGAAAAAGUUCUUACCAGCCAACAUAAUAAGGAUGGCACUAUCAUUAGCUAAUCUCUUUGUUCUACUUUCUCGUGUAUUACUACAAGCCUUAUACUCCAUAGGUUUAAAAAACUUGCUCAAUGAUCAACAGUGCAAAUUAUUUAUAUUUGUCUUCAGAGUUAGCCGAGCCAUGUCUAUUUGUAUAACCAGUUUCCUUAGCUGUCACCAGUGUGUAAUUAUUGCCCCGGCCACAGGAAAAUGGAAAUGCUUCAAACUAAUUUUUAGCCAUUAUGUACCAGUAAUUAUUGCAUUGUUUUUGGCAAUGAAUAUGGUUCUUUACCCUUCUGGAAUUUUGUUUGGACAGGCAACCACCAAUCAAACACUAUCACCGUAUACUCUGCACUUAGUUUAUUGUGAUGUUGACUUUCUAAACUAUGAGACUUAUGUAUUAAAUGGCUCUUUAUAUGCAAUACGAGAGAUUGUAUUUGUUGGAUUGAUGACUCUUUCCAGUGUCUACAUACUGUAUGUUUUGUACCGCCAUGGAAAAUCAAUGAAAGGAAUGCGCAGUUCUGACAAAGGCCAACGGAAGACAGUUGAGUACAAGGCCUCACGAUCUGUUGUCUUAUUGGUUGUAAUGUAUAUGGCCUUGUUUGGCAUGGAUAACUCUGUUUGGAUCUAUACUCUGACAAUGGCCAAUGUGAAUGCAGAUGUGAGUGACACUAGAUUGUUCCUUGCUGCAUCCUUCGCUGUCCUGAGUCCUAUUCAUAUUUUUGCAACCACACCCAAGUUGCACUUAUCCUUAAAAAAUCCAUGGAGAAAGAAAACUAUAGAGAUGCAACUUAGCAUUUCACUUGAGAAAGGAAAUACAGCAUACAGUUUACAAUAA